AUGGCAUCUCGAGAACGCGGAAAAAAGCCUCGCCUCGGCGCAUCACCUACCAAGAACAAGAAAGAACGCGAUCGUCGAGCUCAACGCAGGACAGCGGUGCGUGAGCAAGCUCUCCAAGAUGAAGCUCGCCGGGCUAAGAUGCAAGAUUCCUACCUCUCCAGCUCUCUCACUGAGAUGAACGCACUCAACUCGCCCCUCCUUCGUCUUCCAGCCGAACUUAGGAACGCAAUCUUCGCCUACGUCUUCAGCGACAACGUGUACCUGUUCAAUGGCGCAAACGUGUAUUGGAAAAGGACCUCUUCCACGACUUCAUUCAACGAGAACAACCUGGGCGUGCUCCGUACGUCGCGCCAGUUGCAUGCCGAGACAGCCCUGCUUCCAUAUCAACUCGCUUUCUUCCAUUUUAAGUUCAGAGUUUCCAAGGUCGAAUGGGCAAAUUGUGUGGAGAGGUUCAUGAAGAACAGAACCAUGGAACAAGAGCUGGUUAUGAGCAAAAACAUGAUGGUCAGCCAGCUCGGGAAGCUUGCAGUUGCCUUGGGCUUCGAAAAGGCCAUGCCUGACCCAGGAAUUAAGCCAUACUUGGCUUACAUCACAAAUCAGUAUACUGGAAGAGAGGAACUGGUAGACGACUGGCUCGAAUUGUUCGUCAUUACUGUGCAUCAUUUUCGGUCAAGAAGCAGUAUUCAGCAGGCCACUGCCGCCCAUCAGAAUGCUGGAGGGGUGAAUGGACUCCUUGCAGAUAGCCUAAUGGCGUUGAUCAACCGCAUGUCUGCUGAUACAUCCUGUCGAUUGUUCGCGGACACAGACGUAAACACUCUGCAGAGGAUAGAACAUGUUGAGGAUAAGAUCAUGUUCAUACUGGGUAUCUGGACAAUGCUGGAGAACUCAUUCCGCAAACGGAGCCGAUCACGGGCAAUUGUCUGUGCGUACGACGCCUUUGCUGCGCCUACCAAUCCUCCAAGAACACCGUACAACAUGAAUCUACGGGAUCUCAUUUCCGGUAGUGGAUUACUUCCUGGCGGCGCUCGCGACCUUGAGAUGGACGCGGAACGUGACAUCACGAUGAACUCGGCGGCCUUGUUCACUACCGCGCCAACACUUUCGACUCAGAGCUCAGGUCAAAACAUUGCUUCGCAACUAUUGGGAAGCUCGCAGCUAUCUCCAGGUCUGCCUCACAACGCACGAUUGUCACUCCGAUCGCUGGCGGACAUCGACGCCGUUGAGUCGCAGUCGAUUGCAGCGACGAGAGUCAAUGCUUUCACUUUACGCGCUUUCAGCGCAGUAGAAGUCCGCUGGACAUACAACAUCUCCCGACAUAUGCUCCUUGCGUCGUCAAACGAUCGCUACGUACUCGAGCUAUUCUGCCUUCCAAGUGCAUUCCAGGCGAUCAAGCAGCCAUCCAGCCCAAAGGACCCCUUCACACUCACCUGUGGUCUAUCAUGCGCAUUCGCAGCUGGUGUUGGUGCUGGUCAUGUUCGGCAUUUCGGUAUCAAGCAAAGUGCGCGAUAG